AGAUGUAUACGUCACGGACACGUUUAGAAUAUCUCUCAAUCUAUCAAAAACCAAAACCGUAAACACUCGUCGUUUUCUUUGUAUAUAAAGACCAAACACCUUUCACAUUUCGCCAACUAGAAUCGAGAGUUUUCGUUGCCCCCAUUUACAUUUCUUCACGAUCACCACCAAAAAAAGGUAUGGUGAAGGAGAAUGAGUACUACGAGAUCUUAGGCGUCAAAACUGAUGCCUCCGAUGCUGAGAUUAAAAAGGCUUACUACUUAAAAGCAAGGAAAGUUCAUCCAGACAAGAACCCUGGAGACCCUCAAGCUGCUAAGAACUUUCAGGUUUUAGGUGAGGCUUAUCAGGUUCUGAGCAAUCCGGAGAAGCGAGCUGCUUAUGACAAAUAUGGCAAAGAAGGGGUCCAACAGGAUGCAAUGGUUGAUCCUGCAGCUGUAUUUGGUAUGCUUUUCGGAAGCGAAGUCUUUGAAGAAUAUGUUGGCCAGCUUGCACUUGCUUAUUUGGCAUCAAUCGAAGCUGACUUAGAAUCACAUGAGCCUGAAAUCAGAAAGCAAAUGCUUCAAGACAAGAUCAAAGCUCUACAAAAGGAGAGGGAAGACAAGCUCGCCGCUACAUUGAAAAACAAACUUGAACCGUUUGUAGAAGGACAAACCAAUGAAUUUAUCGAAUGGGCAAACGAAGAGGCAAAGCGGCUUUCUUCUGCCGGUUUUGGCGAAGCAAUGAUGCAUACUAUUGGUUACAUUUACACAAGAAAAGCUGCUAAAGAAAUCGGUAAAGACAAGCGGUAUAUGAAAGUGCCGUUCUUAGCGGAAUGGGUGCGUGACAAAGGCCACCAUAUGAAAUCUCAAGUCAUGGCUGCUUCUGGUGCGGUUUUGUUACUUCAGUUGCAGGAUGAAGUGAACAAGCUGAAUGAACACCAAGGAGAGAACAAAGAGGAGCAUAUUCAGAAAGCCAUUGAAGCUAAGAUGGAUGCUUUGCUUCAAUCUCUUUGGCAAAUCAAUGUUCUCGACAUCGAAUCCACUCUAUCUCGUGUUUGCCAAUCUGUGCUUAAAGAUCCAAGUGUUUCCAAGGAUGUUCUUCGAGCUCGUGCCAUAGGACUGAAGAAACUUGGAACGAUCUUCCAGGUGAGCAAAAACAAAAGGGGUGCUAAGAAGCCGUACACAAGAGGAAGCAGCUUGCGUCGCGAACGCGCCGUGAAAGUGGACACGGGAGGUUCUUCAAAGGCGACGUCUUGAAACUCCGAUCACCGGAAUCUAAAUUGCUGUUUCUUUUAAUCUUUUAUUGGCUGAAUUUGGAUUUGUCCUUUGUUUUUACUUUCCUUUUUUGUAGAGAUUGUUUUCUAUGAUAAUUUUUUAUUUUAUUUUGUGUAGUAGAUGAUACAUAUAAGGCUGUCCCAGACGUGCUUCUUCUGA